AUGAAUGUUGCAAGAUACUUACAAAAGCUUCAUCCUCCUUGCGCAGGAGAAUAUCAUCUAGAUCUCAUUGUACGCUAUGGAGCAGUGCCUGUGAUUGUCCCUCGAGUCACCGGAGUCCACAUGCUGCUUCAAAGCUUCGAGCCUAUCCAUGGUGUUCUUCUUUGUGAAGGAGAGGAUAUUGAUCCGUCCCUUUAUGAUUCCGAAUUGUCGGGCUUUUCGGUAGAGGAACUCAACGAGAUUAAACUACUUCAUGCAAGUGAUACUUCGAUUGACAAAGAGAAAGAUUCGAUCGAGUUAAGGCUUGCUAAGUUGUGUCUUGAAAGGAACAUACCCUAUUUGGGCAUAUGUAGAGGAUCACAAGUCCUUAAUGUCGCGAGCGGAGGCACUUUGUAUCAAGAUAUAGGUAAAGAACUGUCGAAGAAAAACUCGGGGGAGCGGAAAGUUGUUCAUAUGGACUACAAUAAUUAUGACGGUCAUCGGCAUCCAGUGAAGGUAGUGAAAGACACCCCUUUGCACCGAUGGUUUGAAGAUUGUUUGGAUGAAAGCGAGAUGGAAAUCAAGGUGAACAGUUAUCACCACCAAGGUGUAAAGAAACUUGCUCCUCGUUUUGUGCCAAUGGCUUUUGCACCAGAUGGUUUGGUGGAAGGGUUUUAUGAUCGUGAAGGAUACAACCCUGACGAGGGUAAAUUCACCAUGGGGCUUCAGUUUCAUCCCGAGCGAAUGCGGCAACCGGAUUCAGAAGCUUUCGAUUAUUCAGGAUGUGCAUCGGCGUAUCAGGAGUUUGUGAAGGCAGUGAUUGCUUAUAAGAAGAAACUCGGCAGCUCAGUUUCCAUGCCGAAAACUCUCCAGUUGAACCAGGAGAUAGAGAAGAAACGAAAGAAAAUCAUUAAAAGCUUCUCGAUAGCAAGAUGCAUGUAUGGUUCAGGAAACACAUUUGUUUCCCGAUACAAACCCGAUCUGCAAGUCGGAGCCAAUUUCCUGGAGGAAAACACUGCAUUGAGUUUACAGCAAGAGAAGAGGCUGAAGCAAAUGGGAGCAACAGUGAGGAAUGGUUCAAUGUACAAGAAAAUGUUGAAUAUGAAUGAGGAAAGGCAGAAGCUUGCAAGGACUGUGAUGGAGAAGAUGACAAUCGAGCAACUAGCCGAAUUGGAUGCAUUCUACAAGAUCAUGUCGAAGAUAUGUUUUGAGGCAUUGGACUCGAAGCUCAAAAUCCGCGCCCUAUAG